AUGGCUUUUAUGUUUAAAAGAGAAGGUUGUUAUAGUAAAAAUCGUUUGAGUGAACUGUUUAGAAAAAAUAAAAGUUUUGUUAAUCAACUAAUGUAUGACAUGACCUCAUUUCAUUAUGAGAAUUAUAUGAAGCAAAAAAUUCAUAAAAAUAUUAUGAAAAACUAUAAUGGUCACUUUUAUUUUAGAAGUGGAAUUCCAGUUAUAACACCACACAUUGAACAAACAAAUGAAUUUGCUGAUCAUAAUAAUUACACUUAUAAUUUUAAAAAUAUUAAAAGAAAAUAUUUGAAAAAAGUUUAUGAUUCUUAUAAACACAAAGUUGGUGGGACGGAUGCAUCAGUUCCGAUUUUUUUUAAACAUAAAUGA